AGAUGUAAUUUUGAUUUGAGGACUGCUUAGAGGUAUUUUCUAGCCCCAGAUCAUUUAAGACUAGGUCCUCCUGGAGGGUGAAAAGUUUGGACCAUUUGCUGGAGAGAAGAAAAUGCCUGAAGACUUGGAUGAAAAUAUGGAUUACAGGUUGAUGUGGGAGGUUCGUGGGCGUAAGGGAGAAGUUCGGUACAUUUUGGAUGCCACCAACCCACGGUACUCCAACUGGCUUCGCUUUGUUCACGAGGCGCCCUCUCAGGACCAGAAGAACUUGGCUGCGAUUCAAGAAGGAGAAAACAUUUUUUACCUGGCAAUUGAAGACAUAGAAACGGAUACAGAGCUUCUGAUUGGCUACCUGGACAGUGACAUGGAGGCGGAUGAGGAAGAACAACAAGUUAUGACAGUGGCCACAGAGGGGGAGGUUAAACAUUGCAAAGCACAACCAGCAGCCGGCAAGAAAGAUCACGUUGCCUGUGAAGAGGACUUUGCCUGUCCCCAGUGUGAGUCGAGUUUUGCCAACGAGGAGAUUCUUGCCGAGCAUCUUCAGAUGCUGCAUCAGAAGCCUAGAGAAGAGAAAGAAUGUAAAUGCAAGAGCUGUGGGAAGAGAUUCCCAGUGAAGCAGGCUUUGCAAAGACAUGUUCUUCAGUGCACAGCGAAACGCAGUCUGAAGGAUUCUUCACGAAGUUGUCAGUGCUCUGUUUGCAAUUCCUCCUUCAGUUCAGCAUCGAGUUUUGAGCAGCACCGAGAGACUUGCCCGGGAGACGCCCGUUUCGUGUGCAAGGCUGACAGCUGUGGAAAGAGACUGAAGAGCCAGGGUGCCUUGCGAAGACACCAGGAGAGCGUCCACGCGGGAGACUCUAAGAAGAAGCUUAUAUGUUCAGUGUGCAAUAAAAAGUGUUCUUCAGCAUUAAGCCUACAGGAACAUAGAAAGGUUCAUGAGAUAUUUGAUUGUCAAGAAUGUAUGAAGAAAUUUAUUUCAGCGAACCAGUUAAAACGUCACAUGAUCACCCACUCAGAAAAACGACCUUAUAAUUGCGAGAUUUGUAAUAAGUCUUUCAAAAGGCUUGAUCAAGUGGGUGCUCACAAAGUAAUACACAGCGAAGAUAAACCUUACAAAUGCAAGCUUUGUGGAAAGGGAUUUGCCCACAGAAAUGUUUACAAGAAUCACAAGAAGGACCAUUUUGACAAUCCUCUCUGGUGUCCUAGUAGUAUGAUUGACUGGUUCUUCUGCAAAUCUUUGGUCACAGUCAAUUUGAAAGGCACUGCAGAUAAGUAUCUCGAUGGGGUUUUAUUAUCCACUGAAGAACAGGGCGAGUUCCGUCCUGAGCAGCUCAUGGCCUCCGGUUCUAAAGCCGAAGAUGUGGCCAAGAUCGAACACAGUUCAAAUAGGAAAAGUCCUUGGUGA